AACGGCCAGGGCGCCGCGAGAUCGCAGCUCAGCUCGGCGCGUCUCCCUCCGCCGCGCUCGGGGCCUAGCGGAGCGGCAGGGGCGGAAGUGCUGGCGGAGGGAGACGGCGGCGCGGCGCGGCGCGGCUCGGGGCGGGGUGGUCGGGGCGGGGCGGCGGCGGGGCGGCGGCGGAGUGCGGAGGGCCGCGGCGGGCUAGGCCGCGAUGGCGGCGUCGGCCCUGUACGCCUGCACCAAGUGCACCCAGCGCUACCCCUUCGAGGAGCUCUCCCAGGGCCAGCAGCUCUGCAAGGAAUGUCGGAUCGCGCACCCGAUCGUCAAGUGCACCUACUGCAGGUCGGAGUUCCAGCAGGAGAGCAAAACUAACACAAUUUGCAAGAAGUGUGCUCAAAAUGUGAAACAGUUUGGCACGCCCAAGCCUUGUCAGUACUGUAACAUAAUCGCAGCAUUCAUUGGCACAAAGUGUCAGAGAUGCACAAAUUCAGAGAAAAAGUACGGACCGCCUCAGACCUGCGAGCAGUGCAAGCAGCAGUGUGCUUUCGAUCGGAAAGAAGAAGGGAGAAGAAAGGUUGAUGGGAAGUUGUUGUGCUGGCUCUGUACUUUAUCAUACAAGAGAGUUUUACAGAAGACAAAAGAACAGAGGAAGAGCCUGGGAUCGUCACAUUCAAAUUCCUCUUCUUCAUCCCUCACCGAGAAAGACCAGCAUCACUCAAAGCACCAUCACCACCACCACCACCAUCACCACCGUCACAGCAGUAGCCAUCACAAAGUCAUUGUUGUGUUUUUCAGAAUUAGCAACCUGAGUCCAGAACAAGAGCAGGGACUGUGGAAACAGAGCCAUAAAUCCUCUGCAACAAUUCAGAAUGAAACUCCAAAGAAAAAGCCCAAAUUGGAAUCUAAGCCAUCUAAUGGAGAUAGUAGCUCUAUAAAUCAGUCAGCAGAUAGUGGGGGAACAGACAAUUUUGUCCUCAUAAGUCAACUGAAGGAAGAAGUGACAUCACUUAAGCGUCUCUUACAGCAGAGAGACCAGGCCAUCUUAGAGAAAGAUAAAAAGCUGACUGAACUAAAGGCAGACUUUCAGUACCAAGAGUCAAACUUGAGAACAAAGAUGAACAGCAUGGAAAAAGCUCACAAGGAAACCGUAGAACAACUCCAGGCCAAAAACAGAGAGCUACUCAAACAGGUUGCAGCACUGUCCAAGGGGAAGAAGUUUGACAAAAGUGGAAGCAUACUAACAUCCCCUUGAGAAAGUAGUUACUCAGAAGCUUAGUAUUCCUGCUAAAAAUGUAAAUGGGGGGGGGGGGGGUCUGUGAAGCCCUUACAUUCUGCGUAGUGGAAAAAUAUUUUUGCACACCAAAUGAAUUGGCGUGUUUCCUAUUCACUUUUGUAACUGAUACGCAGCAUUUUUUAAGUUGUAAAACAUGCAGAUGAAACUUCAGCUGGUUUGAAGCACCUUUUUCAUUCGAUACCCAGGAACGCUCUUGCCAGCACUAGUGUUACACAGUUGUGAGGGGGGUGUGGACAGUGGUCUUCAGGGAGCACGACAUGACAGGACAGGACACGCAGUAAGAACUCGGCUGGCGGGGAAGCGGCAGCAGGCGUGGCCCACGCAACCUUGCAUUCUGCAGUGUGGUCAUUUCAAUGUGCUUUUCAACUCAGAAAAACAAAGCUUUUCAACAAGGGACAUGGUAAACACUGGCUUUUGGUAAUUGUGUUUUUACUUUGCAUCCACAUUGAUUUGGGAGGGAAUCAUGGUGCUUUUGUUACAUGACCUUUAGAGUCUGUAAAUAUGUUUUUAAAGUUCCAUCAUUAAAUCAGUAGUGUGUUCAUUAUCAGUGUAGGGACCAAUGUUUAUUGUACAGUCUCCAAAGUAAAAUACGUGUUUUGUUUUGUAAAAACGACUGUAGAUUUUUACUUACAAGUGCCUUUUUGCCACCUAAUGUUUUUUAUUUAUAGGAAUGCUGAUCUUUUGUACAUACGGUUUGUUUUAAAGUCAUGUUUAUAAGUGUUUGUAUAUAAAUGCAUAUGUACAGAAGCCUAUUUCAGAAUGAAGUCAGAGUUACUCGAAAAACGUCUGAGGUUGCAUUGGAAACCAAUAAUGCAUAUAGACUUUUUAGAAGACCUUUGUGGACUGUUUCCAUGUGACACGGGCAGAUGGUGGUCAUAGAAACUCAUGGAAUUAUGUCAAAAUACUUCCCCAAAGACUUAAUUUUAAAUCACUCUUGAUAGAGUAAUUUUAUUUUUUAUGUCAUCUGGCUUCAUGUUCAUUUUUUGUUAGUAACAUUUUUCCUUCUGUAAGAAAUUUUGUGUUUUUUUCCUGCCAUGAUCAGUAUAUAUGCUUUUCCUAUAAUAUGUGGUUAUCUAAUAUUUAUAUGCACCAUAAUUGAUUAACUUUAAAGCAGGUCUGGAUAAAAUUAAAUAACUUGAUCUUUGAAUAAACUGGAAUCUACUGUAAGAUUCAGGCCUUACGUAUUGUAUAAGAAUAUUGUGCCAGUCUUUUAAAACUGUGUGUGGAAAGUUAAGGUAGGAUCGAGAUAAAUCACGUGAAGUUAGUCUGUAUUCUGGGCCAGUGGUUUUCAGCUCAGUGGAUUUCUUUUUCUAUUCCAGUUUAGACUUGGAUGCACCAGCACAGAGGCUUUACCCUAAAGAGCUAGGAGUUUAUGGGCACACAUAACUUGGUUUCAAGUAAACAGUUAACUGGAUUUGUGGCUUUGAAAAUGUUGCUUAAGCAAGCAUGAUUAUGAAUGUCGGAUCAAAGACUGGCUUCCCUCAGAAACAGGGUGACUGCAGUUGUUUCUGGCAUGACUACCAUUUCAGGAAACAGUUCCUAUAGUCACUAAGUAUAAAGUGGCAUCAGGUAAUUCCUUGCCCAAUUUGAAGUCAUACAGCCUAGGACAGUUUUUAAAUGUUAUCAGAGGCUCACUGAAUCAGCCAGACUUGGGAAAAUUAAAUUUAAUACUCCCAAUAGUGAUAUUGAGAUGAUGCCUUCUUAACACAGAUUUUUUUAAUGUUUACAGGAUUUUCUAAAUUCAUAAAAUUGUUAGCUUUCUUUAAAACUCAUAACAUUUAGGGGGCCAGGCGGUAGUGCAAUGGGUUAAGCACACAUGGUGCCAAGCGCAAGGAUCGGCAUAAGGAUUCCAGUUCAAGCCCCUGGAUCCCCACCUGCAGGGGAGUCGCUUCACAGACAGUGAAGCAGGUCUGCAGGUGUCUGUCUUUCUCUGCCCGUCUGUCUUCGCCUCCUCUUUCCAUUUCUCUCUGUCCUAUCCAACAACAAACUACAUCAACAAUAACAAUAAUAACCACAACAAGGCUACAACAACAAGGACAACAAAAGGGGGCUGGGGGUGGCCUCCAGGAGCAGUGGAUUCAUAGUGCAGGUGCUGAGCCCCAGCAAUGACCCUGGAGGCAAAAAAAAAAAAAUUAUAUAAAUUUAUAUUCAAAUUUCAUGACCAUUUGUCAUCUACAGCAAUCCUUCUGGUUUUAACUGUCCUUACACCUCGUUGGAGCUGCUACAAAAGAAAGAUGACCCUUCUCUCUUAGUAGGUAAAUUAAAGAGUGACAGGAUAUAUAACUUUCUAAGUUUGAAGGCUGAGACGGUUUACGGGCUUCACACAGUGUUUAGUCCUAAUUGAAUAUCCUCCUCUUUUUACUCCAUGACCUUAUUUUAUAACGGAACCUUUUCUGCCGCUGUAUAAACAAGUAACUGAGCCCCAUUCCCGGUCUGUAGUGUAUUGACAUAAUGAGCUGAUACUCUCUUGAUGUGGACCUGUAAGUGGAUACUCCGGUGUGCUGUGCUGUGCUUUCUAGCCUGUCUCAGCUCUUAACUAGCAUCUACCAGUGGAGAGUCAUUUUGGCUCAAGUUAUUUAUGUAUUAAUAGCCUGUGAAUAUCGCAGACCUUUUUAGAUUGUAUUGGUCUAAACAUGCAUUCUACACUGAACAUGUAUAGACUUGAAAUACUGUACUUGUACACAUCUGACUUGAUUUUUUUGUACUUUUUUCUAAAGCAAAUAUUUCACAAUAAAAUCUUGUCAAAAGGUUGGUAAUAA